AUAUAUCAUGAAAUGACUUAAAAUAAAAUAUUGUGAAUAUCAUGAAUAAUGUAUGCUUGAAAUAUGUAUUGUGUGCAUGAUAUCAAAUGGUUAAUUAUGAAUUGAGAUUCAAUUUAUAUGGAUGUUCGAUGCAUUAGAUAUGCUUACUCAGCUUCAACGUUGAGCGGGUAGUAUGUUUUAUUUGCUACACGCAGACAUGAACUUCAACAGGAUGACCACCAUCAUCGAGGAUGACGAUGAUGAUGUCCAAGUCCUCCACUCCAACUGGUCUCCUCUCUCCAAGCAUCCUUCUCCUCCUCACUUCCCUGAAAUGGAUGGGGCCACAAGUGCCCGGUGUAGCUCUAUCCAUGAACAGAGCCAGAAGCUGAAAUCUCCUCCAGCCACCCAUCUCUCUGAAAGUGACCGGGUCCCUUCUCCUAAGAAGGAUGUCAAGGCCAAAGGAAAAGGGACCGGUCAUUCUUCCUCUCAGAAAAGGAAGGGUUCCCACAAGACUUCCAGGGGGGAAAGGAGGAAGAAGGUCAGGCUAUCAGAUCUGGAGGGGGAGUCCAUUGAAGUGACAUUUCUGUCCGUGGCCAAGAAACUUAGCAAGGCUGGAGUUAUAUCUGAAGAAGUAGGCCGGUCAAUCGUUGAACCAAAGGACCAGGUUUCCGAGCUCACCCUCCUCCUUGACUCCGCUAAGUUAGAGAUCAAUGACCGGGUUGAGAGGGAGAAGAAGCUGGAAGAAGAGCUGAUCGCUGAAAGGGACGGGUUAGAGGAGGAAAGGGCCAAGUUGGUGGAGGCAGAGAGGAAGGUGGCAGAGCUGGAAGAUGCUUUGGCCCAAGCUGAAGUGACUGCCCGGUCAAAAGAGGAGGCCUUUCCUGAUGAUGCUGCGAUUUAGGCCGCCUGCCAUCACACUGAAGUUGCCGGGUCCAUUCUCACCAAUCCGGAGGACACCAUGGAUUUUUUCAAAGUCAUGUAUAAGGAACCGGAAGGCAAGAGAAUGAUAACAGAUGUCGGGUCCUAUGGGUUUCAGUGUGGCCAAAAGGAAGAGAGAUCUCUUCUCUAUGCCAGACUCUAGAGGAAGGACCCUUCUUUCGACCCGGCCAAGUUGAAGCUUCCAGCCCUAUACAAGGAAGAGCCAGCUCCCCCCUUUCCCCUUGAGUAGGUUAGGGUAUGUUUUCAAACACUAAAUUUUCCCAAGGCCUGGGGGAUGUCCGG